AUGGCGGCGGCCUCGGCUGCCCCUGAGGACGAGCUGGUCUCGUCGGUAACGCUUUACCGGCGGCGGCCGCGGCUGCUCCGCGGUACCGUGCUGCCCUUCGCCGCCGGGCUCUACCCGGCGUGGUUGUGGCUGUGGGGGCCGCGGCUGUGGGAGGCGGCGGGGCCGCCCGAAGCGGCGCUGUUGGCGCUCGGCGCCAUCGCGGCGCUGCAGGUGCUGACGGCGCUGGCCGGGCUCUGGUCCGUGCACGCCGAGUGCGCGCUCAGCUGCGUGAGGGAACCCUGUCCCCAAAAAGCCACCCUGGCCAAGGUGGUGCCAACCCCCAACAACGGCUCCGUGGAGCUGGUGCCAAUCCUGAGGGAGCAGGGUGAGGAUGGCCAAGAAUCUCUGAGCUUUGAAUUCCAAAAAAUUAAAUAUUCUUAUGAAAUCCAUGGAAAAAAACAAUUCCUGCCUGUGGCUUUCCCUGUGGAAAAUAAUUUGGGAUUUUAUCAGAAUUCCAGAGGAUUCCAGGAGGAGCAGGAAAUUCGGGAAGCUGAGAGGAAAUUUGGGAAUAACAAGGCAGAGAUGGUGGUGCCAGAAUUCCUGGAGCUGUUCAAGGAAAGAGCCACGGCGCCGUUCUUCGUGUUCCAGGUGUUCUGUGUGGCCCUGUGGUGCCUGGAUGAGUUCUGGUACUACAGUGUCUUCACCCUCUCCAUGCUCGUGGCCUUCGAGGCCUCCCUGGUGCAGCAGCAGCUGCGGAACCUCUCGGAGAUCCGGAAAAUGGGCAACAAACCCUUCAUGAUCCAGGUUUACAGGAACCGGAAGUGGCGCCCGAUCCCCAGCGAUGAAAUCGUGGCCGGUGACGUCGUUUCCAUCGGUCGCUCCCCCCAGGAGAAUUUGGUGCCCUGUGACCUCCUCCUGCUCCGGGGUCGCUGCGUGGUGGACGAGGCGAUGCUGACGGGGGAGUCGGUGCCUCAGAUGAAGGAGCCCGUGGAGGGGCUGAGCCCUGAGCGGCAGCUGCAGCUGAGCGAGGACGGGCGGCUCCACGUCCUGUUCGGGGGCACCCGGGUGGUUCAGCACAUCCCCCCCCAGAGAGCCUCAGCUGGGCUCAGGCCUCUGGACAACGGCUGCUUGGCCUUCGCUCUCCGCACCGGCUUCAACACCUCCCAGGGAAAGCUGCUGAGGACAAUCCUGUUUGGGGUGAAAAGAGUCACAGCCAACAACCUGGAGACUUUCAUCUUCAUCCUCUUCCUCCUCGUCUUCGCCGUGGCCGCUGCCGCCUACGUCUGGAUCCAGGGCACCAAGGACCCCAGGAGGAACCAGUACCGGCUGUUUUUGGAGUGUGCCCUGAUCCUGACCUCAGUGGUGCCCCCCGAGCUGCCCAUCGAGCUCUCCCUGGCUGUCAACACCUCCCUCAUUGCCCUGGCCAAGCUCUACGUCUACUGCACGGAGCCAUUCCGCAUCCCCUUCGCGGGGAAGGUUCAGUUUUGCUGCUUCGACAAAACCGGGACCUUGACCAGCGACCACCUGGUGGUGAGAGGGGUGGCCGGGCUCAGGGAAGGCAAGGAGGUGCUGCCAGUGUCAGAAAUUCCGGUGGAAACUCAUCGAGCCAUCGCCUGCUGCCACUCCCUGGUGCAGCUGGAGGAUGGAACAAUUGUGGGGGAUCCUCUGGAAAAAGCAAUGCUGACAGCUGUGGAUUGGACUUUGACCAAAGAUGAGAAAGUUUUCCCGAGGAGUCUAAAAACUCCGGGAAUGAGAAUUCACCAGCGCUUUCAUUUCUCCAGUGCCCUGAAGAGGAUGGCGGUGUUGGCAUCCCUGGAAAACGCCUCGGGAGAAAUCCGGUACCUGGCGGCCGUCAAGGGCGCUCCUGAGACCCUGCACGCCAUGUUAUCCCAGUGUCCCAGCAACUACCACGAGAUCCAUCGGGAAUUCUCCUACGAGGGCGCUCGAGUUCUGGCCUUGGGCUACAAAGAACUGGGAGCUCUGAGCCACCAGCAGGUGAGGGAGAUGAAGAGGGAAUCCCUGGAGUGUGAGCUGAGGUUUGUGGGGUUCAUCGUGGUCUCCUCCCCCCUCAAAUCCGACUCCAAGGCCGUGAUCCGGGAGAUCCAGAGCGCUUCCCACCGCGUGGUGAUGAUCACGGGGGACAGCCCGCUGACCGCCUGCCACGUGGCACGGGAGCUGAACUUCCUGCAAAAGGAGAAAAUCCUGAUCCUGCAGCCCCCAGAGCAACCUGGUCUGCCCUGGCAGUGGCGCUCCCGGGACGGCUCCGUGUGUCUCCCCCCAUUCCCGAAUUCCCUGCGGGAUCUGUGGGGCCCGUUCGAGCUGUGCCUGACGGGGGAGGGGCUGGAGCAGCUGCGGCGCCGGGACCGGCAGCGCCUGCUCGGCCUCAUCCCCCACGUGCGCGUCUUCGCCAGGGUGGCGCCCAAGCAGAAGGAAUUUGUGAUCACAGCCCUGAAGAGUUUGGGUUACUGCACCCUGAUGUGUGGGGACGGCACCAACGACGUGGGAGCGCUCAAACACGCCGACGUGGGUGUGGCCCUCCUGGCCAACGCCCCCGAGCGCCUCCCGGAGCGGAAGCGCCGCCCCCGCGACGGUGUCGGCGACGGCAGAGCCGCUAUCGCGACAUCGGCGUCGCGAGCGUCGCGAGGGGCCAAGCACCGAGCGCUGGCCCAGAGGGAGGAGCAGCUGGCUGCACACAGGGAGCGGCUGAGCCAGGUGCUGAGGGAGCUGGAAGAGGAAAAGGCGCCGGUGGUGAAGCUGGGGGACGCCAGCAUCGCCGCCCCCUUCACCUCCAAACUCUCCUCCAUCCAGUGCAUCUGCCACGUCAUCAAGCAAGGUCGCUGCACUUUGGUCACCACUCUGCAAAUGUUUAAAAUUUUGGCUUUGAACGCCCUGGUCCUGGCCUACAGCCAGAGCGUGCUCUUCCUGCAAGGAGUCAAGUUCAGCGACCUCCAGGCCACACUCCAGGGGUUGCUCCUGGCUGGAUGUUUCCUUUUCAUCUCCAGGUCCAAGCCCCUGAAGACCCUUUCCAAGGAGAGGCCCCUCCCCAACAUUUUCAACCUGUACACGGUGCUGACGGUGCUGCUGCAGUUCCUGGUGCAUUUCCUGAGCCUGGUGUUCCUGUACAGGGAGGCUCAGGCCAGGAGCCAGCCCAGGGAGGAGGAAUUUGUGGAUCUGAGCCGGGAGUUUGAGCCAUCCCUGGUGAAUAGCACUGUGUACCUGCUGGCCAUGGCCAUGCAAACAGCCACCUUUGCCAUCAACUACAAGGGCCAGCCGUUCAUGGAGAGCCUGGGGCAGAACCGGCCGCUGCUCUGGGCGCUGCUGCUCUCGGCCUCGGCCGUGCUGGGGCUGCUGAGCGGGGCCUGGCCCGAGCUCAACCUGGGCUUCGGCCUGGUCGACAUCCCCGCCGAGUUCCGGCUGCUGAUCCUGGCCGUGCUGGUGGCCGAUUUCCUGCUGGCCUUCGCCGUGGAUCGGCUCCUGCAGCUCCUGCUGGGCAGCUCCCGCCUCCGAGUGCCUUCCUGAGGGGCCAGAAAAUUCCCAAAAACUCCCCAAAAUUCCCCAAAAAUCCACCCCCCAAUCAUGGAAUUCCCGGCCCCUCGGCGAAGGAGGAUCCCGAAUUUUUCACCUUUCCCAGGAAAGUUCCGGCAGCUUCCAAGGUGGGAUUGGAACCAUCUCCAGGAUUUCUUGGGAUUUCCCAAAUUUCCUGGGAUUUUCCUGUUCUCCAGGGAUUUUUUUUUUAAUUUUUUUUUUUUUUUUGGGGGGGAUGUGGCAAUGAAAAAAAAAAAAUCCUGUUCAAGGUGCAUUUUUUUUUUUUUUAAGAGUUUGGAAUUUUUUUUGCUGGGGAAAAAUGGGAAUAAAAAUAUCUUGGAUGUGGAGGGGAGGGGUUGUGGAUCAAAAAAUACUCAAAAAUUAAAAUUAUACACA